ACGUGAAAGAGACUACCUUCUCCAAGAGCCUCCCACCAUGUUAGUGAGCGGGCAUUGUCAAGAGGCGGGCAUGAGGUUCUUGGGAAAUGCAGUCCUCAUUUUCUGAGGCGAACUCUGAGAGGCGGGGCCCGGCAAAGCAUGUUACCUGACGCCGGCGAAGACGCCGCCGCUACCACUGGGAGCCGAGGAUGCCUCAGAGGAGCGGGGAACUGCCCCCGUUCAAGAAACCGAAGCUGGCGUCCACCACGCUGCCUCUCGCCUCUGGGUCGCGCAGAGCGAUGUUACUAACAACGCCGGGAGCGAAACGCCAUCCUUCGUCCGCCUCCAUCUCCUCGUCGUCGUCCUCCUCCUCCUCGAUAGGGAUCGACAGCCAGCGCCGGAGCCUGCCGAUUUUCCAAGCGCGAGGGACGCUGCUCGGGCAGCUCCGUACCUUAGACUGCGCGGUCCUGAUCGGGGAAACUGGUUCUGGAAAGACAACUCAAAUUCCACAGUAUCUCUAUGAGGGGGGAAUUGGGCGCCAAGGAAUAGUUGCUGUGACCCAGCCUCGCCGUGUGGCUGCUAUAUCAUUGGCUACGCGGGUCUCGGAUGAGAAGAAAACUGAAUUAGGAAAAUUGGUUGGCUACACUGUGCGCUUUGAAGACCUCACUUCUGACGAGACAAAAAUCAAGUUCCUGACAGAUGGAAUGCUGCUUCGGGAAGCCAUUGGGGACCCUCUUAUGCAUAAAUACAGUGUGAUCAUUUUGGAUGAAGCACAUGAGAGGACAAUCCACACAGAUGUGCUCUUUGGUGUGGUGAAGGCAGCCCAGAAGAAACGGAAGGAGCUUGGGAAAUUGCCCUUGAAAGUGAUUGUCAUGUCAGCUACUAUGGAUGUAGACUUGUUCUCCCAGUACUUCAAUGGAGCACCAGUUCUCUACCUAGAAGGCAGGCAACACCCCAUCCAGAUUUUGUACACAAAACAAUCUCAGAGUGAUUACCUCCAAGCGGCACUAGUGACAGUUUUCCAGAUCCAUCAGGAAGCACCUUAUUCUCAGGACAUCCUGGUGUUUCUGACAGGCCAGGAAGAGAUUGAAGCAAUGACCAAAACUUGUCGGGACAUUGCCAAGCAUCUUCCUGAUGGCUGCCCUCAGAUGGUGGUCAUGCCCCUUUAUGCUUCUCUGCCUUACUCACAGCAACUCCGGGUCUUCCAGGUUGCGCCCAAGGGUUAUCGCAAAGUGAUUCUUUCCACCAACAUUGCAGAGACCUCCAUCACCAUUGCAGGCAUAAAAUAUGUUGUGGACACAGGGAUGGUCAAAGCAAAGAAAUAUACACCUCAAAGUGGCUUGGAGGUCCUGGCAGUGCAGCGGAUCUCAAAGGCUCAGGCCUGGCAACGGGCUGGUCGAGCUGGGAGAGAGGAUAGUGGAUUUUGUUACCGCCUCUACACAGAAGAUGAGUUUGAGAAGUUUGAUAAAAUGACAGUACCAGAGAUCCAAAGAUGUAACUUGGCCAGUGUGGUGCUCCAUCUGCUGGCUCUGAGAAUCCCUAAUGUCCUUACCUUUGACUUUGUGUCAAAGCCAUCUCCAGAGGCGCUUCAGGCCGCCAUUGAGCAGCUGGCUCUCCUGGGUGCAGCGGAAAAGAGAGAAGACCAGCUGAUCCUCACCCCACUGGGAAAAAAGAUGGCUGCAUUUCCUCUUGAGCCCAAAUUCUCCAAAAUGAUCCUAAUGUCUCCCAAGUUCCAUUGCACGGAGGAGAUCCUGACCAUCGUCUCACUGCUCUCUGUGGACAGCGUCCUCUACAAUCCUCCUUCCCGUCGGGAUGAAGUCCAGGCCAUCCGAAAGAAAUUCAUCUCCAGCGAAGGCGAUCACAUCACUUUGCUCAACAUCUACCGGGCCUUCAAAAACAUCAGUGGCAAUCGGGAAUGGUGCAAAGAAAAUUUUGUGAACAGCCGAAACAUGAUGCUGGUCUCAGAUAUCAGAGCUCAGCUAAGGGAUAUUUGCAUAAAGCUUUCAGUACCUCUGGAGUCUUCCCGCUCUGAUACUGGGACUGUCCGCCGCUGCCUGGCCUAUAGUCUCUUCAUGAAUACGGCAGAGCUGCAGCCAGACGGCACCUAUGCCACAACAGACACACACCAGCCAGUGGCCAUUCAUCCUUCCUCGGUCCUUUUCCAUUGCAAGCCAGCCUGCGUUACAUACAAUGAACUGCUGCACACCAGCAAAUGCUACAUGAGGGAUCUCUGCGUGGUGGAUGCUGACUGGCUGUAUGAUGCUGCCCCCGAAUACUUCCGCCGGAAGCUCAGGGUGGCCAAGAAUGGACCUUAAGACUGGGGAAAAGAAAAAAUUAGUUGCUUACCGGACUUGGGAUCAGGAUUUUGGUAACCUAAUAUACAGGAACGCUGCUAUAUCAACUGACUUCCCACUGGUAGAAGUGAGCUGGACCUCAUACGUUUCUUUCACAGUCUCUUCUGGAAUAGGACCUUACGUACAGUAAGAGCACAGGCUGUUUUCAUAUCUACCUAGAAGUGAUAAUACAGGCCACGGACAGAUAUUGCCUCUCUAAAAUUGCUUUGUGAUUAACCCCCCCGUUUCCAUUCCAAACAUAUGUAUGAAGUUUUCAUGUAAGUAAAGCUGGCCUUGGCCUUCGGUCCUUUAGAAAGCAUGCCAUGUAAAGAAGAGAGAACCUGACAUGUCUUUUAGGACAAACCUGGUAGAUCUUUAUUUCUGAAAACUGCCUUGUCAGACUUUGUCAACACUGCAUCUUACCAUUACUAUGUAACAUGAGAACAAUUAAUUUUGAAUACUAUUUAUUUUUAGGAUGGA